UGGCAACAUAUUUGCCUCGGUGUGCAGAGAGAAAGUGUAACAACCAUCGGACAGCAUGAGAGCCCUCAUCCUGUUUGUGUGCCUGUCAGUGGGCGGCCUGGCCUCUCCGAGACCAAAGCAAUGCACAUCUCCACCACUGCUGACAGGAAGCUUCUCUGUGGCCACUCAAAAUGAGAAGCUCAUGGGCUUUGCCAAGUACAGCUAUGAUGCUCUGAGAAAGCGCAUCCACCUCAGAGAGGUUGGAUCUUUUAACAAUAAGACGUUCCACAUUGAUCUACUUCUUCUCUACAAAGAGGGUGUCAUGUACAAGAUUAACUACAAGAACCGCACAUGUAGCAAGAAGCCACUCAGUGUAGAAUUCCACCCGCUGGAGAUCCCACAGAGUGCCUCCCUGCUGGGACAGGUUGUGUUGGGAAGCUCCUCUGGUCCUGGACAGGGAGUCCUGGUCAACACCUGGGCAGGAGAGCUGAAGCUGAAAGAGGGACCAGCAAAGUACAUGAGCACGGUCACUGAGUUUGGAUGCAUUCCAGUCAGCACUCUGUUUCACAGCAAAAAAAGUGGAUGGGUGGUGGUCAGCUUCUUUAACGUCAUCAUCGGACUAGUGGACCCUCAACAUCUCAUUCCUCCAAGUUUCUGUGAGGACGCCCGGCUGGAGAGUGGAGAGGAACCAAUAACCUUCUUCAACCUGUUUUAAAGCUUUUCAGAAAUGUGCACUUUGAUGAUGACUAUAUGACUCUUUGCACUACAUUAUUACUUUUUUAAUGGAAAUCAUUGCAUUGUGUGUAUUUCAACAACAAAAUAUAUGUGCUUAAUUCAACCAGUUAUUACAAAUACAGGUGAAGUGAUAUGUACUAUAUCAUUUCACUUGCUCUAACAUUAGAAACAUAAUCACAGGGUGGAUUUCAGACGUGUCUAUUUUGAGGUUUUUGUUCUUCAAGAUAUUAAAUGAGAUGUUCAAUGAGAUCCUG